AUGGCUACUUGCUGUCCAGAAAGAAGGCACACGGAAUCUCAGGAAAUGCCACUUGUGCUCAACAGCUCUGGGAUUCCUGUCCUGACCCAAAAUGAUGACGACAACAUGUUAAUAUCCUCCCCUUCCCCGCUACGUCUCCCAGAACCCGCGGGCGUCCGCACCCCGCAGGUGCCCCCGGCCCGGGCCGCCCCAAAUACCGACCCCGCCACUGACAUCUGCACACACGCGCCCAGAGUUCGGACCUCAAUGUUCCGCCCGCUUCGACCAACCUUCUCCCAAAGCAGAAGUGGGGGAACUUCUUCAAGUCCGACCAAAGCGCACAGCGCCCUCGGCACGAGGGGUCAAUCCCUCUGGGGAGACCCGGGCCGCGGAGGGCAAGAGGGAGGAAACGGGCCUUCGGGCGGAACCCCCUGGAGAGACUCCGGGCCCCCAGAGAAGUCUCUCAACUUUCAAGAAGGCGCCGUCCACCACCGCCCCCCAGCCCCAAGCCCCGUGCGCGCACGGGGAGGCUCCUCGCGCCGAACCCGCGCGGCCGAGCCUCCCUCCGCUGGCCCGCGCGACAGCGGUCAGACCCCGGGCCCGCCCUCGGGGCACCCCGCCCCCACCACCGCGGGCGCCUCGCCCCUCCACGCAGACCCCGCGCGACCACCCCGCGCCGCCUCCCCGCACCCCACCCGCCCCGCCGCCGCGCGCCCGCGACCCCGGCCCCCUGCCAGCCGGACGCCGCCCUGCCCUGCUGUCCCCGGAGCCCCGCGGGCGCCCCUCCUCGGCCGCGCCGCCCCCCGCCCCAGCGCCCCCCGGCCCCUACCCGGCCCCCUCGCCGAGACACCGCCCCCUCCGGCACCGUCGGCCCGGUGGACGGAGCUCCGCCGCCGCGGCCCUCACCGUGUCUCCGGCGUAGCUGACGGGCGCGCACACGCUGCAGCCCGGGCCAGCCACCAGCGCUCCGCGCCGCCCGGAGCCGCCUCCUUCAGCCCGGGACUCGCCGGGACAUCCGCGCACGGAUCCCCACACCGGGGCUAUUUUUAG